AUGUGGAUAAAGCAGAGGAAUUCGCUAUUUGAAGACAUUGGUUCAAAUAGUGUUGAUAUUAUUGAACUUGAGAAAGCCAGGCAAUGGAAUGGUCAUAAGCUUAUCCCGUCAGAGAAUUUUACAUCUUUGUCAGUGAUGUUAGUAGUAAGAUCAAUAUUGCCCAUCAUAUUUAAUGAAAGGUGUCGCGGCACAAGAUACUAUGGAGGAGACAAGUACAUUGACAUGACAGCAAAACUAUGUGAAGAAAAUGUUUUAGAAGUUUUUAAAAUUGAUCCUGCCACAUGGAGAAUCAAUGUUCAGUUAUUAACUAGAUCCCUCAUAAACUUUCAAGUGUCUAUUGCUCUACUGGAGUCGCAUGAGAAAUGUGCAACCUUUUUUCGACCAAAGUUGAUUGUUGCUAUCGCAAGUGUUUAUGCUCGCCUAUGUGAUUAUGCGUGUAUCCACAAGAUAGGUAACACACAACUAGAAAUUAUAUUCUUGGUGGACAUGGCACAUAUCAAUGGCUUGGCUGUUGCUAAGGUUAUUUUUCCUUUUAAGUAUGCAAUUCCAGUUGCGUGUGCUACACAAUUCAUGGGUGGUCAAGUUUAUGUUUUCAUUGUGUUGGACAAGAGCCUCUUUGCCUGA